GAUCACGUAAACGAGCGCAGCGAUUGGCCGUUGCGGCCUGAGACUUUGCUCCGCUCAUUGGCUAUGCAGUUUUUUGUAUGCUCGUGUGCAGCCGUGCAGCGGCCGAUUCAUGCGUAUUUUCGCUCUGUCUAUAGGGUACUCGGUACUGACAGUAGCAGCGACGUCGAGAGUACCGUCGAGUGUGUCGACUGCAGCUGCACACGCUACAUAUACAAACUACGCUUACUAGCAGAAGCACAAAAUGUCACAUCGUCUCGGACUUUUGAUUUCUCUGCUGCGGCGUUGAGAUGAGCUCUACAGACUUGCUCCGAUUUGUAGAUAAAUAAACGAGAAUAAGAAUGCGAUCGAUUUGCUCGUGUGACUCGACAGUGGUACGCACAGAAACCGAUAUCAUGUGCCAAUUAAGCGACACGUUUAUCUACCUCUUGCCGUAUCUCGUGAGUAAAUUGCCCACAAAUUGACCGAAAAAGUCCUUUCAAAUCUCUUUCGAUGAAUUGUCAAAAUUCAUUUUUUCAUCCUACAGUUGUGAUUUUAUUUUGACUAAACAACGUGCACAAAAAAUUCAAACACACGAUCGCUACAUGUUUACGUCCGAAUAAUACAAACGAAAUUCGCUAUCUUCUUGUUUUAUAAAAAUAGCCGUGACAAACUGUCAUGACGUAUUAUAUGAAGCGCGGAGAAUAUUGAGCAUUCGCUAAAUAUAAGCUAGUUAUUUUUUAUAAAGAUCGUCGGAGCAUUUGUCAGUGGUCAAGAUGAUGGAAACACCGAGAACGCCGAUGGAUAACUUGAUGAAUAUCCUGUCAAGUUUGAGUGCUGGACACGAAAAAGCAUUAAAGCAGGGUAUUUAUAAUGCCGUGGCAAUAUUUUUACUUGGCAUCGUUUCUUUAGCAGGAUAUGGACUAUUUCUUGUGCUAACUCCUUUCUUGAAACCAUUGAUAUGGGCUCUGCUCUGUGGAUCUGUUUUAUUUCCCUUCAAGUAUUAUUUAACAAAUAUGUCACAGCAAUGGUUUACAACAGCAGAAGCAUCCAAUCAUCCUCUGUUCUUCAGUGUGGCUGCAAUUCCUUUGAAUGCGUUCGAUCAACUUUCUGAUACAAUUGGCUCAUUUUCACAAACUUAUUUGAAGUAUAUUUUAAGUGCUGGACUAGCGAUGGCUGGAACAUUGAUGGCUUAUAAUUACACGCCUCCUUUGCUUUGUUGGCUCUGUUGGAAAACAUUUGAAAUUUGCCAUACAAUUUUAAGCUUUUUCAUAUCAGCGUGUAAUAUUUAUUCGAUAAGCCUCGUGUUAUUGGGAUAUGUUUCACUUUUAUACCUAUGCUGGAAACCAGAGCACAAAUACAAAUUUCGAUUUUGUUCUUAUGGAAUUUGGUUCAUGAUCAGUCUUUAUCUGUCAAAUGCCUUGGGGACUUAUCCUUUACUUAUAUUCAGUGUUUUCCAAAUAUUAUAUUUGGUAGGUUUCAUAUAUGAAGUGAUUUUAGCUCUUGAUCGCCAUGAAUCAGAAGAAAGGAGAACUUCUUUAAUGAGUAUUGUGAAAUCUACAUUUCUUGACUCUGAAGAUUCUGGAACUGCAUCGAUGGGUAUGCCAACACUAGUGGAAGAUGAGUCUUCUUCUUUAGAAAAUGAAAGUAUUGAUGCUAAAGGAAGUGAGAUAACUAGGAUUCAAGCUUUUGCUCCAAAACCUUUCUUGAAAGUUACUGGGAGAUCAAUGUCUGUUAAUGCAGGACUGGGCAAAAACUUGCAAGAUCAUCCAGCUAGGAGAGUAAGAUCUGCUGGGAAUAUGUCUGGAAGAAUAACUGUGUCAGAUCGUUACUUUCUUAGCAAAUUACGCUCCGAGUUAAGAAUGACUUUAGAUAUUGAAGAUCGAGAUGUAGAUUCUGAUAAAUACAUGUAUGGAACCAUGUAUGCUUGCUUAGGAAUGAUUUUAUGGAAGAAUAAAUGGAUAGUUGUUUUAUUAAUUAUUCCAAUUGGAUACUAUUAUUUAAAAAAAUUGUACUGUUAUUUUGGAAUUAAAGAUAUAAUUACUCAGCAGUGUUCUAAAAUUACAAAUUUUGUCAAUACAUGGUGCCAAGAUAGGCAUCAAGCGUUGGUACCAGUCAAUGUAAGAGGUCUUUAUAAAGUCAGUAUUAUCGUCGAUAAAAAAAUAGCACAAAUUCUGAAAAGUUCCGUUGAUGCAGUUGUUACAAUUGCUGUAAUUUUGGCACUCUUAAUAUUUGUUAUAUGUACAUCAAUUUUUAUUACCAUUCAAAUAUAUUCAGAAGGAAUGCAUUUGAUCCAAAUCACUGGUGAUAUUUUAAAUUCUACACUAAUGAAUCAUCCUGAUAUAGAUUGGGUACCAGAACAAUGGGAGGAUUCUGUUAACAGUGUGUUGGAUAAUGCUUACAUGUAUGGUCGAGGGGCAAUCUCGGAUGGAAUUCACAAAUUAGUUAAGGAUUUAGAGCCUAACAAAGCUGAACACGUAGAAAAGAAAUUUUUAGAACUUUGGGACCGUCUCUACCAAGCUUGGAUGAUGUCAACAAAUGAUGAAGAUAUGAUAGGACCUACUGUAAAUGCUCAUGUUGCUUAUUCAGCUUGGGAAAGUAUUAAAGAUGGAUUUGGAAAAACACCAUUACAUCUAUUCAACAUGACGAGCAUUCAAAAUUUUGCCAAAGAAAAUAUUGGAAUCUUAAUGUCUGUUUUGGAUUCCAUUUGGAGUAUAGUAAAAGGAAAUAUGUCAGUAGUUGUUAGCAUUGUUACAGAGUUAUUGUACAUAGUUUUGAUAAGUGGAUCUGCUGUUCUUAAUUUUGCUCUAAGCAUGGUUGUUUUUUUCACUGCUUUAUUCUACUUGUUGAGUUCCAGUGUAAAAGCAUAUAAACCAAUCGAAGUUGUAUCUCUAUUCAGUCCUAUUGGAUGCCACAGGUUUGCGAUAGCUUUACAAGAGUCAGUAAUUGGUGUCUUCACAGCAACAUUCAAGCUUGCUUCAUUUUUUGGUAUGUGGACGUGGCUAAUGCACAAUUUGUUCCAAGUCAGAAUUGUCUAUGUACCAUCGGUACUCGCUACUUUACUUGGCGCCGUACCAUUUCUUGAUGCCUAUUUCGCCUGUAUUCCGGCAACGAUUGAAUUGUGGUUCACGCAAGGCGCUUUUGUAGCCAUAAUUUUCUUUUUAGUUCAUUUUAUCGCGUGUAACGUAGUCGUUACGGAAUUUUACAAAGAAAUCAAGGGGGGAGGACAUCCAUAUCUCACUGGUUUAUCUAUAGCGGGCGGUGUAUUUUGUUUGGGGAUUGAAGGCGCAAUAUUUGGUCCACUAUUACUUUGCUGCAUUAUGGUAGCAAUUAAUUUGAGUAGAAGAUAUCUUCAAUCGCCAUCAGAAGAAGCUAUUAAUUCCAUAAAAUCUCAAAUUGAUCGAUUAGAAUCAAAAUGAUAUUUUUGAGACAGAAUUUCGUGUGCCUUUUAAAGAUUAACAUUCUAUUUUUCUACUUUUUAAAUCGCUCCAAUUUUAAAAUUUGAAGUUUUAGCUAAUGAAAUUUUCAAAUCAAUCAUAUUGAGCGUUUAUUGCUUAAUGUUUGAUCGUUUUCUAGAUCUAUAUAAAAGUGUUUUUGUAUUCUACUUUCUUUAUAAAUAAUCAAUAUCUGUAGAAAAUAAAUUUUAAAUUUCACAAAAUAUCUGUUUUUUAAAACAGAAAGUAAAUAAUAUCUAUACAUAUAGUUUUGACAUACACAGGUGUAUGCAUAAUAUACUUAUAUGUACAGUGCACAAUGAAUACAAGUUUGUAGCUUCAAAACAGAUAUUUCGAUAAAAUACAAAAAUACUUCUAGUAAUUUAGACAUAAAAUAUUUUUAAUAUUGAUUUAUACUCGAAAAACUACGCUUUAUCGUAUAGCUGUGAUUAACACUUGAUUGUAUCAAUUUUUUAUUUAUACAUUAAUUUUUAUAUUUUAAUAAUGUUUAUAUUUUUAUUACUAUGAAUUUGUUAUUUUGCUAAUCAACUAGUAAUCAAGUGUUCAUAAAUCUUUUAUUUAUACUCAUUGUAUUUUAAUAGUGGCGAUUUACAUUUAUCAUGAACUUAACAUACCAUUGAUUGAAAUGAAUUUGUUAUUUUGUUAAUCAACUAAUAAUAAAUUUUAAAAUAUUUAAAAUACUUUUGUAUUUUAAAAGUUUCGAUUUAUAUUAAUCAUGAACUUAAUGCCAAUGAAUUGAAAAAUUUUAAUGUAUUAAAAUACUAUAAAUUAAUUACUUUUGUACUGA